AUGGAUCUAACUCACAUUCCUGAAGAUUUAUCCAGUUGUCCAAAAUUUGGAAAUAAGUCCUGUCCUCCCACCAACCGCCAUUUUCAUAUUCGAGUAAUAAUGUACUCAAUUAUGAUCGGAGCCAUGUUCAUCACUAUCUUUGGAAACUUGGUCAUAAUCAUUUCCAUAUCACAUUUCAAGCAGCUUCACUCUCCCACAAACUUUCUGAUUCUCUCCAUGGCAACCACAGACUUUCUGCUGGGUUUGGUCGUUAUGCCGUAUAGCAUGGUGCGAUCAGUAGAGAGCUGCUGGUAUUUUGGGGAUGGCUUUUGUAAAUUCCACACAAGCUUUGACAUGAUGCUAAGUCUGGCCUCCAUUUUCCACCUCUGCUCCAUUGCUAUUGACAGAUUUUAUGCUGUGUGUUACCCUCUACACUACACAACCACAAUGACCAUCUCCAUGAUAAAGUGGCUGCUGGCUUUUUGCUGGUCAGCCCCUGCUCUUUUUUCUUUUGGUUUAGUUCUAUCCAAGGCCAAUGUUUCUGGUAUGCAGAACUAUGAGAUUCUCAUUGCUUGCUUCAAUUUCUGUGCACUUGCUUUCAACAAAUUUUGGGGGACGAUAUUAUUCACUACAUGCUUUUUUACUCCUGGCUCCAUUAUGGUUGGUAUUUAUGGCAAAAUCUUUAUUGUUUCCAAACGACAUGCUAGAGUUAUAGACAACAUGCCUGAAAACACAAAGGGGGACGUGAGAAAAAACUUAUCCAAGAAAAAGGAUCGCAAAGCAGCCAAGACCCUGGGCAUAGUAAUGGGAGUGUUUCUAGCUUGCUGGCUGCCUUGUUUUCUUGCUGUUUUGAUUGACCCAUAUUUAGGCUACUCCACUCCCAUGAUAGUACUUGAUCUUUUAGUGUGGCUUGGGUACUUCAAUUCCACUUGCAAUCCUCUCAUUCAUGGCUUCUUUUAUCCAUGGUUUCAAAAAGCUCUUAAAUACAUAGUGUCAGGAAAAAUAUUUAGCUCCCAUUCAGAAAGUGCAAAUCUGUUUCCUGAAGCACAUUAA